AUGAAGAACGUGAAUCCAAAUUUGGAUAUGUGUUUGCUGUGUCAGGACCUGGUAAUGGUGACAGCUGAAAGAAUGGCUGGAUCUGCUAUGUACGAGUUGGUCCGUGUCGGUUAUUAUGAAUUGGUUGGUGAAAUUAUUCGUCUGGAAGGUGACAUGGCGACCAUUCAGGUAUACGAGGAAACUUCAGGUGUCACUGUUGGUGAUCCCGUGUUGAGAACAGGAAAACCAUUAUCAGUAGAGUUAGGUCCAGGUAUCAUGGGAAGUAUUUUUGAUGGAAUUCAACGUCCAUUGAAAGACAUCAAUGAACUUACACAGUCGAUUUACAUCCCGAAAGGUGUCAACAUUCCUGCUCUUUCCAAAACAACUGCAUGGGACUUCAACCCAUUGAAUGUCAAGGUUGGAUCGCACAUCACUGGAGGUGACUUGUAUGGAGUUGUCCAUGAAAAUACUUUGGUGAAGCACAAGCUGUUGGUUCCACCACGCGCUAAAGGAACAAUUCGUUACAUCGCUCCACCUGGCAACUACACAGUUGAAGAUGUCAUCCUGGAAACAGAGUUCGAUGGCGAAGUCAACAAAUACACGAUGUUGCAAGUGUGGCCCGUACGUCAACCACGUCCCUGCACUGAGAAGUUACCUGCCAACCAUCCAUUGUUGACUGGUCAACGUGUAUUGGAUUCUUUGUUCCCUUGCGUUCAAGGCGGCACAACUGCCAUUCCCGGAGCUUUCGGUUGUGGAAAGACUGUCAUUUCUCAAGCUCUUUCAAAAUAUUCCAACUCUGAUGUCAUCGUCUACGUUGGAUGUGGAGAACGUGGUAAUGAGAUGUCAGAAGUAUUGCGUGACUUCCCCGAACUUUCAGUUGAAAUUGACGGCGUUACUGAGUCCAUCAUGAAGCGUACAGCGCUCGUAGCCAACACAUCCAACAUGCCUGUCGCUGCUCGUGAAGCUUCCAUUUAUACUGGCAUCACUUUGUCUGAAUACUUCCGUGACAUGGGCUACAAUGUGUCUAUGAUGGCUGAUUCAACUUCUCGUUGGGCUGAGGCUCUUCGUGAAAUUUCAGGUCGUCUUGCUGAGAUGCCUGCUGAUUCCGGUUAUCCAGCUUAUCUUGGCGCUCGUCUCGCUUCCUUCUACGAACGUGCUGGUCGUGUUAAAUGCUUAGGUAAUCCAGAACGUGAAGGCUCCGUCUCAAUUGUUGGUGCUGUGUCACCACCCGGUGGUGAUUUCUCUGAUCCCGUCACAUCAGCUACUUUGGGUAUUGUGCAAGUGUUCUGGGGAUUGGAUAAGAAGUUGGCUCAAAGAAAACAUUUCCCAUCUAUCAAUUGGUUGAUUUCGUACAGGUGA